UGCCCACAAGCAUAGAUUCUCUCAUUGUUGAAAAUCUGUAGUAAGGGAUGGAUGAUGGUGCUCUGCUUGGAUUCUCUCUCUGCUAUUCAAAAGAUUUUUUGCUUUUGUCAUUGUCUUUACCCCUUCCUUUUCAAGGAUGCCCCUCUCUCCCUCCUUUUCUUUGUGUUUUCUAGGCAAUGUUUAGGCUCAUUAUGUAACCUGUUGUACUCUAUUCACCUGUUUUUAUUCCAUUUCCACACUCUCCAUUUGGUUAUAAAUACACAUUUCCCCUUCUGGGUUUUCUUCAUUGUAUCACCUCUUCUCUCACUUUGUCAUUAGGUAUAGACUGAGAGGGAAAAAAAAUGAGCUAUUCACAUAAUACCAUGGGCUCAGGUAGUAGAACUGCUAGAAGGACAUUUGAUUUUGGAAGGACACAUGUUGUUCGACCUAAAGGGAAACACCAGGCAACUAUAGUAUGGCUUCAUGGCCUUGGUGACAACGGCUCAAGGUAUUGCUUCUUUUUCCUUUAUUUUUCACUUCAUUUUCCAAUCCUCAUUUCGUUCCUGUUUUGUUACAGCUGGUCCCAGCUCUUGGAAAGUCUUCCUCUUCCAAAUAUAAAAUGGAUUUGCCCAACUGCUCCUACUCGUCCUGUGGCUUUACUUGGGGGAUUUCCUUACACAGCAUGGUUUGAUGUUAGUGAGCUGUCAGAAAAUGGUCCAGAUGAUUGGGAGGGUUUAGAUGCCUCAGCAGCUCAUAUUGCAAACUUGUUGUCAACAGAGCCAUGUGAUGUUAAGGUCGGAAUUGGAGGCUUCAGUAUGGGUGCUGCAAUGGCACUUUACUCUGCAACUGCUUUUGCUCUGGGAAGGUAUGGAAAUGGCAAUCCAUACAACAUCAACCUAAGGGCAAUUGUUGGACUAAGUGGAUGGCUUCCUGGUUCAAGGUGCUUAAGGAACAAAAUAGAAGUAUCACAUGAAGCUGCACGGCGCGCAGCUUCGUUGCCAAUUAUGCUUGGCCAUGGAACCUGUGAUGAUGUUGUCCCUUACAAACAUGGAGAAAUAUCUGCCCAUUCCUUGAAUGUAGCCGGAUUUCGAAACCUCACUUUUAAAAAUUAUGAAGGGAUUGGUCAUUACACAAUCCCUAAAGAGAUGAAUGAGGUCUGCAAUUGGCUUACAGCAAGACUGGGGCUCGAGGGAUAACGCUAAAUAUAGCAAAGAGUCGGGAAGCAAUAAUGGUGAAAAGAGAGAAGACUGCAUAUGUUACAAGUAGGUAGUAAACAAAAUGGAUUGUUAGGGUAUAUGGUAUACUUGAAUUAGCCCUCUUAAAUCCCUUUUAGUCUGUUUUACCUCUCCUUAAAAAUAAGAAAGUUUCGGAUGUAGGAGGUAGAUUGUAAUAGCCUAGUGAGUCUGUUGUACUUUUUGAGACCAUUUUGGUAAUAGUUAAUGUGAUAUAUGCUGAUAUUUGAAA